AUGACGCUUGCGGAAAUAUCGAGGCACUGCUACGAACUGGCGCAAUCGUACCUGGAUUUGGACGGCUCCACGCUCGAUGGUGUCAUCAACGAGACCCAAAAUGCGAUCCGUUUGACGAGGGACUACUUCCUCGAGGACAUCUUCACGCGGUGGUCGCCGCUGGACGGCGAGAUUUCGUUCAGUUACAAUGGGGGCAAGGACUGUCAAGUGCUGCUUCUGCUGUAUUUGGGGUGUCUGUGGGAAUUCUUCGUGGUUCAGGCUGGGAAGUCUCAGUACGCCCUACAGUUCCAGUUGUUCCCGAUGCACUCUCUGCCCAGUGUGUUCAUUAACUUGGACGAGACGUUCCCGAUCCUCUACCGGUUCAUCAACGAGUCCGCCGCAAGGUACCAUUUGGAGUUAUACGAGUCCUGCCCUCAGUGUAACGACGGACCUUGCGACAUGCCCUCGCAGUUUAGACGGUUCCUGGACGGCCCAGGGGAGGGCACGAGGGCGAUUGUCAUUGGUGUACGGUACACGGACCCCUUUGGCGAUCAGUUGGAACCCAUACAGAGGACGGAUAGUAACUGGCCCGAUUUCGUCCGGUUACAACCGUUGCUCCAUUGGAGACUGAGCAACGUGUGGUCUUUCCUGCUGUACUCGGGGGAACCUAUCAGUGAACUAUACAAAGUCGGGUUCACCUCGAUUGGGUCCAUCGAGGGCACAACACCGAACCCACACCUUCUACGGACGAAACAUAGUGGGGCCAGGGAGAAGGAGGAGGGACGGUCGCCCUUCCAAUGGGAGAUCGACCACCGGUACAUUGCCAGUGCCACUGCACGGGAAGAGCAUUCAGAGGAGUGGCUCCAGUCUCUCGCAGAACAGUACCUCCCCGGGUGGUACCUGACGGACGACUCGUUGGAGCGAGCUGGACGACUCAAGAAAGGGAAGUGA